GUAUUCUUCUGACGUCAUCUAGGCGCUGGAACUCGUUGAUAAUGUUGUGGUUGUCCAUGCCGCCGAUUCAGUGCUUGUUUGUAAAGAUCUCCUUUUGAUCAGUCUCCCCCGCAUGGAGUUGCGCGCUGACCCGGUGGUGGCAACCUUGGACAUGUCGGAGAUUAAAGGUAAAGAUGGGGAGCCUUCGGAAGGCGACGGUGACUACGAGAGUUUGCCAGCUCAUGCCUCAUUGACAAUCCACAUGACAGCAGGAGCCGUGGCUGGAAUCCUGGAGCACACGGUGAUGUACCCCGUGGACUCUGUCAAGACCAGGAUGCAAAGUUUGCAGCCAGACCCUAAGGCUCAGUACAGCAGCGUGUAUGAGGCCCUAAGAAGGAUCGUCCGGACGGAGGGUCUCCUCAGACCCCUGAGGGGCCUCAACAUCACAAUGCUGGGGGCCGGCCCUGCCCACGCCCUCUACUUUGCCUGCUACGAACAUGUCAAGCGCACACUCAGCGAGGUCAUUCAGAAUGGAGGAAACAGCCACAUAGCCAAUGGACUGGCAGGCUGUGUGGCCACUGUGCUGCAUGACGCAGUCAUGAACCCAGCUGAAGCCCCCUUCUCUUUGUUCCCCUGUUUGUGUGGUGGUGCUGUCCUUCAUGGUGUCUUAGUGGUGAAACAGAGGAUGCAGAUGUACAACUCUCCCUACCGGAACCUGUUAGACUGCGUUGGGACUAUACAGCGCACUGAGGGGCUCACAGCCUUCUAUCGCAGCUACAGCACACAGCUGGCCAUGAACAUUCCCUUCCAGGCUGUCCACUUCAUGACCUAUGAGCUGAUGCAGGAGCGGCUCAACCCCCACAGACAGUACCACCCCGGCAGCCACGUGCUGUCUGGGGCUGCGGCGGGGGCCGUGUCUGCAGCCAUAACCACCCCGCUGGACGUGUGUAAGACCCUGCUCAACACACAGGAGAACGUAGCGCUCAGCUCCAUACACAUCAGUGGUCACCUCACAGGCAUGGCCAACGCCUUCAGAACAGUGUAUCGCCUCGGUGGCACGGCUGCCUUCUUCAAAGGGAUCCAAGCCCGGGUCAUAUACCAGAUGCCCUCCACUGCCAUCGCCUGGUCAGUCUAUGAGUUCUUUAAGUACGUCCUGACCAAGCAGCAGAUGGAGCGAGAGGCUGGGCCAGCUGGCCCAGUCUGAGGAAGGGCUGUGGAGACCGCAAUGUGACCACACCUGUCCUAGAGGCUCCUGGUUCUCCUGUGGAAUCAAUGCAAAAAGCCUCAUCGUGACAUCGUGUUCAUAAUUUAUAUCUGUGUGUGCUUUUGUAUAAUAACUCAAAGGGAAGUCACUGCAAUGGAGGAACUUUGAAAGACUUGCUGUGGUAGACCGUGGCACUCCUUACCCUUCACUUUCCUACCCAGCAAGCCCUUCCAUUGUGCACAGUCAUUCAUUAGAGGAGUGGAGGCUGUUACAGGAACUGUACAGAGAUGUAUACAGAGAAAAGGUCGUCUUCAUAUGGCAACAGGCCCUUUUCCCAAAUCACCCGUUCACUAAGCACACAACACUACCAACUUCGUCUAUCACUAUCUGGUGACAGUAUUUUCAUGAUUAUGUUGGGUUACAUUCAUACAGUAUGUUUGUAGAUCUGAUAUGGGAACUUUUUAUUUAUUUGAUUUGCUUACCAGGGCUUGCAUUUUAUGGAUUUGGAAGAGACACAUAGCUGUUUGCUUGUUUUAUUUCUUUGUGUAUUUUAUAAAGGACUGUUUUAUUGAACACAUUCCUGAGUUUCGCUGCACAGUAGACACAAUUGCGCUUUUUAAGUGCCUCUAGCAUUGAAGGCAGCCACAACUUCAAAGCUUUGUGUUGUCUAGGUCCUUAAUAGAAAUGGAUUGGAUCAGUCACCAUUAACAUAAUCAUUGUUUGCCAUUGAAAUGUAGAUUAAAUCAUAUGAUUUGUAUGUUACCUUUUCAUCAAUCAUAGCAAGAAACCACUCGUCAAAACCAAAUGUACUGAAAUAGGACCAUGUUAUUUUUCCUUGGCCAGAAGGUUGGCAUCAUACAAUGUGCCUAUAAUCUGAGCUAGCCUAAACCUUUCAAGAUGAGGGCCUUUUUUCUAUUCUGUGUUGGAAAUGCCGUUCUGAGAGUUACAUUUCCUUUUGGCUGAACCCCUAUAUGUUGUGCUGGGUUUUUCCACUUUAGAUAGGUCUUCAUUCAAACCUCUACGCCAGUCAAAGUCUGCAGUAGUUUAGUAGUUCCGUUUCAGUAGUUUAAUUUGACCACACAGUGAAGUGAGUAUUGCCUCCCUUUCCUGAGAGGUUACCGGAAUCCCUCUCAAUAAUAAAGGUGUAUAGGCCAUAACGGCCCAAAUAUUAGCCUUGUUUGAGCGCAGUAGUAUGCUCUGGACUCUCACCAAUGUGAGUGUUAGAGUAUAUUAUAUAACAAUCUAUGUUGCAGAGAAGAGGCAGCGUUUGUAUAUUUUAGUGAGUGAUUGUUUCCCAGGAGGCAUUUCAUUAUGCAGGUCCUCAGGUGAACCAAACCUCAGCACCAAACCUGUAAGAGGCUGGUGGCAUGGACCGCCUCAUCUCUGCAUUCAGACACAUCUGUGAUGUUCAUAUUUAGCUUUUGAGUAAAAUAUCAUGCUUGUAAUAAUGUACUUAGUUAAAAUCCUUUUAAUAGAGAUUUAAUGUGAGAUGAGCAAAUUUGACAGAUUCUCAAAAAACUACUUAAAUAAAUAAAACAUUCAAUGUUCCAGACAGCAGAAUUUGGAAUGAGUACCACUGCAGCCCAGGGCAGUUAAUCGGGCGACUCCUUUAAGCAUUGGGUACAGUCUGUGACAAUGGGCCCAUUACUAAUGGGUUACCAGAUCAGCUGGUUGGCACGCUCUAUUUAUUAGAAUAUUUUUGGCCCAUUUUAGUCACUUCCUGUGCUCUCCCUGCUCUCUUCCCAGCCUCUUGGCUCUGAGUUUUCCACUCAGAAGGCAGACAUUCCUCCACAUAUUGCUGUAAUCCACAAAGCUGCAAGAUUUGUUUGUUUGCUUUUAAUUAAAUGUUGUUGGGUUUUUAA